UCCCCCGGCCAGCCAGGAUGAUCAUCAAGGGUUUGCUGGCGCUGACAGUCCUGUCCUCGGUGUUCCUCGGCCUCUUCCUCUACACCCCGCUGCCUGAAGGGAUAUCCAACCCAGGGAAGACACAGGUCGUUAUGGCCUUUAUGCAGCUGUUCACUUCUGUGACAAAAAUCCGAGAGCUGUUGGGCUAUGGCAGCUUGGCGCAGGAUAUCCGGACCUACCAGGAGCCACUGGGCGAGGGCUCUCUGUCGUCUGCUUCUUACGGGGAUGUGGAUGUAAAACGUGACAAGCUGGCCGGAGUCCACGUGAUCAUCUACCGACCGCUGCCGGCGAGACAGAAAGCUCCGGCCACUAUCUACUUCCACGGCGGGGCCUUCGUGAUUGGAUCUGGUACCUUUUACGACCAGCAUUGUUACGAAUAUGCUAAAAGAAGUGGUACAGUGGUCUUCUGUGUUGAUUACCGCCUGGCUCCGGACCAUCCCUUCCCGGCGGCCAUCCACGACAGCUUGGACGUCACUCGCUACGUGCUGGGUCACGGUGACCGCUUCGGUGUUGACGUGCGAAAAGUGGGAGUGGCCGGUGACAGUGCGGGAGGAAAUCUUGCUGCGGCGGUGUCCCUCAAACUGUCCAAGGAGAAGUCCAAUCUCCCUCCUCUGAUAUUUCAAGUGCUGCACGAACCAGCAAUGCAAGCAUUCAACAUGAGACUUCCUUCCUUCAUAGACAACGAUUUGCCUAUCUUGACGACGCGCACUUUAAUUUCUUUUUAUGCUCUGUAUUUGGGCUUUGAUGGGAAGAAUGUUGACAAUGUGACUAAGAUCAUCUCUGAGAACCGCCACCUUUCACCACAGUUGUAUCAGUCCAAGUAUGCCGAGUAUGUGGAUUCUAAGCUACUGCCAGAAAAGUUCAGGAAGUCGAAGAAAUUUCCUGGAAAAAUCAAGGGAAGCUAUUCGGAAAAAGUGUUCAACAAAAUCAAACAGGUCAUUACCAACCCGCUGUUCUCUCCCCUGAUGUCGGAUGACUUGAGCGGGGUGCCGCCUGCUUUUGUUCACGUGGCGGAGUUUGACGUUGUACGAGACGACGGUCUGCUUUUUGCUCGCCGUCUCAAGGACGCGGGAGUCAAGACGCAGCUUCAUUUUAGUCACGGAGGCUUUCAUCUAGACUAUUAUCUGGGAGCACCGGGGCUGUUGAGGACUGACGCUUCUCAGAAAGUUAUGAAUGAAACUUUCAUCUUCAUAAAAGAAAUCUCACGGAGAUAAUUUGUGUUAGGUAUCUAGCUAGGAUGAUUGAGCUGUUAAAAAUCAAGUCAUCUAUUUUUCUCCAUUUUUGUCAGAUUUUUACAUCUUAUGUCAGUUUCUCAAGGAUGUUGUGAGAAUGGUUACCCUCAUACUUAGUUUUUAGUUUUAACGU